AUGCAGUCCAGGAUAACCUUCAAGAAUGGACAUUUGCAGUUCCGAAAACCCUCUCAAGACGAGGUAAAUUCUGACUGUCAAGAAUCCGCCGAACCCGAGAUACGCUUGCCGCUUCACUUUGCACCACGAUGUGAAGGCACAGCAUGGGAUAUAUUGUUGCAAAAAUGCAAACCUGCACCGAAAGCACUAAAAAGGCCAUGGCAACCACCCGCGGGCUCAAUGUGCUACUUGAUGUCUAUUCCCGCAGAGAUACGCCUUAAGAUCUAUCGACGUCUGCUCAUUUCUCGCCACCAUGCACGUCUACGCAAAUGCAAGGAGGGAUUCCGCCUCAUAGCCAGGGAGUCCUGGGACCCCCUCUUAGUUAUUCACCCUCAGAUCCUGCGAACCUGCAGGCAGAUCAACCAAGAAGCAACUCCCAUUCUCUACUCACAGACCCUCUUUCAACGGGGUUAUAAAUGGCCAUGUCAACACACAGACAGCGGAACCCGCAUUCGCACGCCUCUUUCUAAUACCUCACCUAUUAGCCAAGCCAACUUGGCUAGCAUCUCACGUAUAUACUUAUGCCGAGGUUAUAAAGAAUGGCUCCGAAACGGAAAACUUGCAGUCCUUGAUGAGUUUCCCCACUUGAAGGAAUUGCAAAUCGCUAUUGAUUUCAACGACAUUCUUGAGAUGGAGGCCGGAUCUUUCGAGGACCUUGCAAAAGACACCAUCAGAGCGGUCCAUCGCGAGCGUCCGGGUAUUCCGUGCUUUAAAAUGGAGAUCCGCUUGAGCUUUCAUGGUCGGGCAUACGAUAACUGGGGGAGAGAGUACACCCGUGGAAAAGAAAGUUUUAGUGUUCAUCUGAUCAAAAAGGCUGAGAUUGAAGCAUGGAUGCGGCAAGAGGGGAUGUUUUCCAGCAGGUUCUUUUCAUGGUCUUUCAAAACACUACGCUCGGAAUACUGCGGUCCGAGCUGCUAUGUUUCUUUCUCUUGUGAACAAUCAAGUCAAAAAGCAAGGUAUAUCAAGUGCAAGGUACGCGAUGAUGAUACGGAAGCCUUCGGGUUAUUGGAGGUUGACUCCGACGAGAAGGAGAUUUCCGUGGAUAUUGCCAUAUAA